UGCGCGAAAAGUUCUCUGGUUAAAGGAAAUACAGAGGAGGAGCUGCCGUCAGUGAGCCAAGAGGAAACUACUCUGUCAGAUGAUGGUGUAAUUACAGCGUGAAGCGCAGCUCGCAACCUCGGUCGGAACAUCUCUUGCAAAGCAAAACCACCUGAGUGAACGUUUGUCUCCUGCGGAUUCGUACUUUACCCAAAGAUAUGGAGUAUAAAUUCUGUGCGUAAAAAGAGACGUUUUGGAGAUAUGGGUUUGGUUACCGGAGAACUGGAGGAACGAGCAUUAAUGGGAAGUGUCACUGCUUUGCUCAGCGUGAACAAGUGAAAGAAUUCAUUGCAGUUAUGAACUCCACGAAAGAACAAUCCGGAUUUCGAUCGAUCACCAUCCCGGUGAUUAUGUUCAUCUUCGGGGUGGUGGGGAAUGUCAUCGCCAUAGUUGUUCUGCGAAUAUCACGAAAGGAACGAAAAGAGACGACUUUUUACACACUUGUGUGUGGCCUGGCGGUGACAGACCUGCUGGGCACCUUGCUGGCCAGCCCCGUCACCAUCGCCACCUACAUCAAAGGCACCUGGCCUGGAGCUGAUCCACUGUGCCAGUACUCCGGCUUCAUCCUGCUCUUCUUCUUCGUGGUGCAGCUAGGCAUUGUAUUUGCAAUGUCAGUGGAAAGAUACCUGGCAAUAAACCACGCAUAUUUCUACAACGAGUAUGUCAACCAGAGACUCGCAGCGCUGGCUCUUUUAGCCAUAUACAUUUCCAACGUUGUGUUUUGCGCACUGCCCAGCUUGGGGUUCGGUAGUGUGACGCUCCAGAACUCUAAGACCUGGUGUUUCAUCGACUGGAAAAGCAACGACACAACUGUCAAGACUUUUAAUUUGAUGUACGCUGGGGUGAACUCGUGCAUCGUGCUGGCCACUGUCAUAUGCAACGUGGUCGUGUGUGGAGCUCUAAUCCUGAUGCACAAGCGGUUUAUCCGCCGCACGUCUCUGGGAACAGAUCCGCGGCGGGUCGCAGAGCUCCGGCGCAGACGGAAUUUUGGACGAUUAGCUGGAGCAGAGAUCCAGAUGGUGAUCGUGCUUAUAGCUACAUCCGCUGUCGUCCUCAUCUGCUCCAUACCUUUAGUGCUGAGGAUCUUAAUAAAUCAGCUGUUCAGAAACGAUGGAGACAAGAACUCGAUACUUAACGACCUGCAGGCCAUCCGCAUGGCUUCCGUCAACCCCAUCCUAGACCCCUGGAUCUACAUCUUGCUCAGAAAGACAGUUGUUCUCAAGCUAUUGGAGAAAAUCAAGUGUCUGUUCUGUAAAAUGGGUGGACGGGGACGAAGCAGCGGCAGGCACUUCCUCUGUGCUGACGGUUAUCUCUCCUCAUCCAUCGUCUCUCGGGACUCACCCUCACUGAUGGCCCGUGAAUUGCGGGAAAUGGUGAACACAUCGCACACCAUGCUGUACCCAUCAGAGAGAAACACGCACCCACAUGGGUCAGUUCAGGCGGGGGUGCAGGGUGACUCUAGCAUCCCUGCUGUACAGACAUUGCAGGUACCCCAGGAGGUCCACGGGUCUAAGAGGGGACACGGCGUAUUAGAGGACAAAGUGUCGGAAACACCACUGAAAGAGCCUCCAGUGUGUCCCAAAGACCCGCCUCUACAUGUCACCUUUACAGAUGAGACAGCAGAUAUACAAGAAAAAUGUAUAUAACCAUAAGCAUAAUCACUAAAAUAAGACUUUCCCCUCAAAGAUGGGAACCAGUGAAAGGACUGCAAACAAAAUUUGGAGACUGAAAAAUCUGUCAGUCUGUAGAUAUCUUGUGGACUGCUACAAACAUUUGACAGAUGAAUUACAGACCUUCUGUAAGUACCCGUUAUCAGUGUGUCACUCCCCAUUCAUUCUUUGCCAUAUUGCUAAACACAUGAAUACAAUCACAUAACUUUUAUUAGUAAAACCCCACCGGGGGAGUGUCAUAAAGCUCUCCUGUUGCACUUUUUGAAUUUCAGCUCAUUGCCAGGUUGUCUUUGUUUCGCUGUGAUUCAACAACCUGCACAAUGUCUGUAAAGAAUUUGUUGUGUUAAAAUGUGAACAGUGUGCCAGGAUGUUAAUUUAUUUCUAGUGUUAAAGUGUACGUUUCUGUCUUCUCUGUGAGAAGGUUCAGUUAGUUUGAAGAUAGGUGCAGGGUGAAUAUGUGUUCGUGUUUUAUUUUGUUUGUUUGUUUCAAACAUUAAACUUUUAUUGGUUGUCAGAGCAGCUCUUUCAUCAAAACUAUGAUCAUGCAUCCCCUGAAUCCCAUAACAAAGGCAGCUAUACACUAGAGUUCCACAGUGCAGACACUGGAGGACGUUAGACUUCAAAGUGACUCCUAAAAAUCCUUCUAAUCCCAUCAUUUUAUUGACUUAAUUUGUAAUGCAAUGCGUAAUAAUCCCAGCUAAUCAGAGUUUAUAAGGAAGAUAAGGCAGGAAAUGAAAGCUGAAGCCAUGACCUCGAUAUACUGCUGCUAUAAAGACUUAUAUAAAUAUAAACACACGUUCAUGUUCAGUGUCAGAUUUAUCACAAAAUGUUGUGUAAAUGUGUCUAAUGAAAAAAACAGCAACAACUUAUGUACCAAAUUUAUAAACAAAAUAAAAGUGUCUAAAUAUUCAUAUAAGCUAAUAAA